GCAAGUUUGUGUGGGUUGGACUGGUUCGCCGCUGUAUAUUUACGAUACUAACAAGCCGUAUCUGCGAUAACGAAACACGAUGACGUGUGCUUUGCCGUAAGUGAAAGUAACUUAUUUAGUGGUAUGAGCAAUACGCGUAGGCCUUCAGUAUCGUUUGUGUGUUGCGCCGGUCACAGUCUCUCGCGGGUUGUGGUGUCGUUCACUCAGGUCCACAUUACGUUCUACUCCGCUUACGAUGUGCGGAAUUUUUGCAUACAUUAACCAUUUGACGCCGAAAACCCGGCGAGAAAUAUUAGAGCUACUUGUAAAUGGAUUGAAACGGUUGGAGUACCGCGGUUACGACUCGGCGGGCGUCGCAGUUGAUACCGCUGAUCAGAAAGACAUUGCUGUUGUGAAACGAAGCGGCAAGGUUGCUGCGCUCGAGGAGUUGCUGCAGGAGCGCAGUGUAGAGCUAGGUGUGGAGGAAUGCGUGGACUCGCACUGCGGCAUCGCUCACACCCGCUGGGCUACCCAUGGCGAACCCAGCGCCGUCAACUCGCACCCUCAGAGGUCCGAUGAGGACAAUACCUUCGUCGUCAUCCACAAUGGCAUUAUCACCAACUACAAGGAAGUCAAGACUUUCCUGGAAAACAAGGGUUAUGCCUUUGAAUCCCAAACUGAUACAGAGAUCAUUGCGAAGCUGGUUCAUCACAUUUACAAUCAACAUAAGGAUUAUAGUUUCCAGGAGUUAGUUGAACAGGUUAUUCAACAACUUGAGGGUGCUUUUGCUUUGUGCUUCAAAUCACGUCAUUUCCCCAAUGAAUGUGUAGCAACUCGCCGUGGUAGCCCACUGCUAGUUGGUAUCAAAACUCGUCGCCGGUUGUCAAGUGACCAUGUCCCCAUUAUGUACACCAACAAUAAAGCUACACGUGGAGUGGUUCCAUCUGUGCCCAGAGUCAAUAGCCACUCUCACUUCCAGCCAGAAGAAGAAAGGGAUGUUGAAUAUUUCUUUGCAUCUGAUGCCUCAGCAGUUAUUGAACACACAAACAGAGUUCUUUACUUUGAAGAUGAUGAUGUUGCUCAUAUUAAGGAUGGUAUUCUCAGCAUUCAUCGUUUGUCAGGAAGUAACACUGACCCACAUCAGCGUGAAAUUUUUACCCUCAAACUGGAGAUUCAGCAAAUAAUGAAGGGUAAUUAUGACUAUUUUAUGCAAAAAGAAAUUUUUGAGCAACCUGAAUCCAUUGUCAACACAAUGAGAGGUCGUCUGAAUUUUGCUGAUGGUACUGUAACCCUGGGAGGUAUCAAGGACUAUAUUCCUGAGAUUAAACGUUGCAGGAGGUUGAUGUUAAUUGGGUGUGGUACCAGCUACCAUAGCGCCGUAGCUACUCGCCAAUUGUUAGAGGAAUUAACUGAACUACCAGUUAUGGUAGAAUUGGCUUCUGAUUUCCUGGACCGAAACACGCCUGUUUUCCGUGAUGAUGUCUGCUUCUUUAUUUCACAAUCGGGGGAGACCGCAGAUACGCUCAUGGCUCUACGAUAUUGCAAACGUCACGGCGCCCUCAUCAUCGGUAUCACCAACACAGUAGGCAGCUCCAUCUGUCGCGAGUCUCACUGCGGUGUGCAUAUCAACGCGGGUCCUGAAAUCGGUGUCGCCUCUACAAAGGCAUAUACUUCACAGUUCGUCUCUCUCGUCAUGUUCGCCUUGGUAAUCAGUGAGGAUCGCAUUUCUCUGCAAAAGCGACGUGCCGACAUCAUUGAAGGUCUCCACCAUUUGGACUCCCAGAUUAGACAAGUACUGGCAUUAGAUGCGCAAGUCAAAGCGCUCGCUGAAGAUCUUUACCAACAGCGAUCUCUACUCAUUAUGGGUCGCGGAUACAAUUUCGCAACUUGUCUAGAAGGAGCUCUUAAAGUUAAGGAGUUAACUUACAUGCACAGCGAGGGAAUUAUGGCGGGAGAAUUAAAGCACGGCCCGCUCGCGCUUAUCGACGAUUCUAUGCCGGUAAUGAUGAUUGUAAUGCGUGACCCUGUUUAUACGAAAUGCAUGAAUGCACUGCAGCAGGUGACAGCUCGUCAAGGACGUCCUAUCCUAAUUUGCGAAGAAGGUGACACGGAGACUAUGUCCCUAGCUUCGCGCUGUCUUCAGAUGCCAAAAACAGUUGAUUGUUUACAGGGCGUCCUGACUGUCAUCCCCAUGCAACUGCUUGCUUACCACAUUGCCGUUCUUCGUGGUUGCAAUGUCGAUUGUCCGCGUAAUCUCGCAAAAUCUGUGACUGUAGAAUAAUCACCUUGUAAACGUAACUUUACGGCGAUCUCAUACCUAUGUAUGGCACAAUAACGUUAUAUGCUUUAUUUUGUACGUUUUAAAUGUAUACUUACCUAUGUAUCAUCAUAAUAUAUAUUACGGAGUUUGAGAAUAGGGUAUUGUAAAAAAAAAUAGAAUGAAAACCUAGGAUAGGUAUCCUCUAGAUCUUCUAGCUUUGUUAUAGGUACGUCAGUAGAAACUACUUUGCGGCAAAAGAAUUACUUUUCACUACUUUCUACACCUCUUGCUUGCGUAAUUUGAUUCACGAAUGAAGUAAUAGGUACGUCGCACAGGAUAUUGGUAUAUAAAUAAGCAUUUCGAAGUUAAAGCAUCAAUACUUUACACAUUCCAUGGUUUUGUAUUGAAAAAUUACUGCUAUGAUUACAUUCCUCGACUUUGUGUUGGUUUCCUAUUUGCACUAGGUAAAUAUUUUUCUUAUACUGUAUCAAGGUCGCACCUCUCACUCGAAUUCUUAAUGAAUGACAUUUAUUUUCAAUUUAUGUCCCUGUCACUAACUAAAUGCUAAACUCUAAAAUACUUAUAAAUACCUAUUCUAUUGGCAUUUUAAACAGGUUAGACUGAAACAAGGAUCUUAGGUACGAGUUCUAAAACAGAUUAUUCGCCAACUUGGGAAAUAUUAGUAGGUAAUAGGCAUAAAACGUAUCAAAGCACAAAAUAGUUUUGUUUUACGCUAUACUUGAGUAACGAAAAUGAAUUUGUAAAAAAAGUAUCAAUACAUUAAAACUAUAAAGGUCGAAUAUAUAUUAAAAUUCGAUAUAUUGUAAAUGAAAUAGGUAGAUCGAUCACCUACCUAAAUCCACAUCACAGGUUCUAAGAUUCUAAAUAUUUUUUUAAGCAUAAAUAAUAAUCGUAGUGGUUUAACAAACGAUAGUGAUACCUAUGUACCUACCUAUCUAUAUGUGGAGCUAAGUAAAUAUUUUGGAUAAAACGUAAUAUAUCACAGUAAAGUAAUAGUGGAUGAAUACUUAGUGAAUCAUCUAGGUAUGUUGCAUUGAAAGAUUGUAUUAUUUUGUAAAAUAUAAAUGUUAUAUGUACUCGUAAAGCUAGGCUAGGACUUAAUAGUAUAGGAAUAUCACAAGACAGCAGCCUGAGACUACGGCAGUUUUUUUGCAUUACCUACAGCGUAAAUUAUUAAUAAAAUUAUUAAUUAUUAAUCAGAAUUAAGAGUAAUUAGUAGAUAUCGCACACAUGCUAUUUCUAAGCUUACUUAUGUCAUUAAAUCGUACUUAUUCAUCUCUGUAUAAUGACGAAAUUAUUAUUAGUCUUAUUUACUACUUUCGUAAUAAUGAUGAGAUUAAUUCAUAAAAUUUUUGCUCGAUAAGACGCAUAUGUAAGUCUUAGUCUUUUCGUGAAAGAACGACUUCAAUAUAUUUUAUUAUCUACUACUUAUACCCAAAACAAGGAUAUCCAUGAUAAUAUGUACCUUUUAGAUAAAAUUACAUAGUAAAGUAUCCGAUUAAAUAAUCUAAUUUCGUGUAAAAUUCCUUUACGUCAUUAUUAAAACUGAAAUCACAAAGUGGGGUUCUCCUGAAAUCCCUAUAUAUUCGUGAAAAUAUUUUGUUAUCUGUUCUUCCUAAGCUAAUCCCUAGUCAAAACAUAAAAUUUUUAGCUUGGGUCUAGUUUUUUGGGACAAACAACUAACUAAAAUGGUACCUAUAAAUUCCUGUCUUAAAUAUGCAUUUUCUGUUUUGUAUAAAUAUUCUAGAAUGUACGUGAAUAUCAAUGUACUUAUAUAAUUUUUUUCAUAAAUAUGAUUUUAUUUAUUCUAAAAUCGCAGUUGUUAUGUUUGUAUUAUAUUUCUAAUAUAUAUUUGAAUAGAUACGUAAGAUAAUUGAUGCAAUGUAAUGAUAGAUAACAAUGAAAUCUGUACAACAGAUCGAAGAAUGCAAAGCGAAAUUUUUUUUUAUAUAUGUUAUGUAAAAAUUUUAUGAGAAUUAUUAUUUACAUAGAAAUAAAUCUAUAAGUUUUAUAA